UUGAACUCUUAAAUGUAAUCAUUAAAGCUGAAGAAGAUGAUAAGUACACUAGCGAAGACUGAUGAAGAUCAGAAAAUAAGACAAAAAGAUGGAGUCAAAUUAAGAGAGAGAAAGGUUUCCAGAAGAAAGGUAUGAUGCAUAGUACUAACAGUGUUUUGCAGAAGAAUUUAUGGUGGUAAGAGAAGAUAAGGGUGCAUGAAUAGGGAAGUAAAGAAGGCCCAGUACAACUACAAUUGCCAGGCUCAGGGGUUUCUUGGAGUAGCAUUAAAGGCUUUCUGGCUAGAUCUUCAUUGCACAUUACCAACACCAACUCAAAAAUAAAUUCUUCCAAGAUAAAAAGAAUGAAGCAAAAAGGAGUGGCAGAUUUAUAAGCAGAGAAAGUUACAUUGAUGCUUUCAUGAUUUUGGUUGGAAAAGAAACAUGGGGUUUUGUUCCGAGAUUCUCCACAUGAUCAUCAUCAUUUUCAUUCUCAUAUCAUUGAUUGCUGGCAAGGUGUUGAAUGCUGCAGAAGACUUCAAUGUUCAUGGAGAUGGGAUUGGAUACUACAUUCAGAAAGUUUCAGGAGAGGAUGAGAGUCAAGAAAAGGGAGCUUUGAUUGUGGAAAAGUUCAGAGCUUUGCUGGGACUGAAAAACUUCCACAUAAGAAACCCAUCACAUAGAAGUCAUGAAAAUAUGGCACCAUCACCCUCUCCAUAUCCCACCAUUGAAGCUGAAGCUGAAGCUCCAUCUCCAUCUCCAUCUCCAGUGCUGCAUAUCCAUGCAAAUCCCCAUCAUCCAUCACACCGGUCGAGUUCAAAUAUCCCACAACACGACAAGGCUCAAAAAGAGAACAGAGGAAAAGACCGAGUCAGAACGAUUCUUGUUGCAGUCAUCUUGUCUGCAGGAGCUGUCUUCUUGGUUUGUGGUCUUGGAUUCAUCUGGCUCUGCAAGAAACGCAGAAAACUGAGAAAGAAACCCACAAGAAUUCUAUCUGUCUACAGCAAAAAAGGAGGAACCAGAGGUAAACUAAAGAAUGUGAGUACCCAGGAUUCAGCAAGCAAGGUGAGCAGAAAUCCUGGCCUUGAUCUAUUUUAUCUUAAUUCAUUAGGAAAGGAUUUAGAGCAGCAGACUUGUCUUAAGCAAAUUACUGAACCUGUAAACACAUCAUCAUAUGAUAGCACCCCUAAAUGUACAAUGCAUGAGAUGGAAGAACCAAUUCAAGAACAUGUAAAGAUAGAUUCUGAAAAUGCUAGUAGCUCUUCUACAAGGGAAAUUACAUCUGUUCAUGAGGAUGCAGAGUCACUCAUAUAUGAAUCAGAUGGUGGGAAUUCUUCAUCUGAGGGAAAAAUUAUUCCCAUUGAAUGUCAUUCGUCCGAUGAUGAAUCUUUCCAUUCUUUUGGUGAAUCACUUUCAUGGAGAAACGCCCGGCUUUCCAAUGCUUCAGCUGGUAGUCUAAGUGAGAAAUCAGAUAUUUUAAGUACUCCACUGGAGUCACAGAUCAAAUCUUCUCUGCCCAAAUCUUUAGAUAUUGAAAUGCCUCCACAAUCUCCAAGCUAUCCAAAACCAGAAAAACAAACAGUUGAAUGUUCUUCAGACAGUCAAAAUAGUUUGAAGCACCCAUCACCACCACCACCACCUCCGCUGCCUCCACCGCCCCGUGUGACGUGUUUUCCUUCUUCUUCUUCAACUAGAAUUACAUCUAAAGCUUCAUGUUCUUUCACAUUGCCAAAUUUAUCAUCUCCAGGAAAUUCAUUUUCUUCAUCAGGAACAAAUAGAACUCCACAAAGAGACACACCUUCUUCACCUGGAAACCCUCCUAAACCAUCACAAUCACAAGCUCCAUCUCAUAUUCCUCCACCACCAUGUCCACCUCCAUUUUUCUCUGCCAAAGGCCCACCUCCUCCACCAUCUCAACUGCCUCGAUUUACACCAAUGGGGAAAGAUGGAACUCCAUUAGCAAAAUUGAAGCCACUCCAUUGGGACAAGGUUAGAGCUGCCCCCGAUCGAUCAAUGGUUUGGGAUAAGCUGCGAUCAAGUUCAUUUGAGUUGGACGAGGAAAUGAUUGAAUCACUUUUUGGAUACAAUCUACAAACUUCAAUGAAGAGUGCAGAUGAAGCAAAGAGCAAGACUCCCUCUCCAAGCAAGCAUGUGCUAGAGCCAAAGAGACUACAGAACAUAACUAUUCUCUCAAAAGCCUUGAAUGUGACUGCUGAGCAAGUUUGUGACGCACUACUACAAGGGAAUGGGUUGAGUUUACAACAACUGGAGGCACUGGUGAAGAUGGUUCCAACCAAGGAAGAGGAGGGAAAGCUCUCUGGCUAUAAAGGAGAUAUAAACGAACUGGGGUCUGCAGAGAAGUUUGUCAAAGCAAUUCUCAGGAUACCAUUUGCCUUUGUUAGAGUUGAAGCCAUGCUUUACAGAGAAACUUUUGAAGAUGAGGUGGUUCACCUGAGGAACUCUUUUUCAAUGCUAGAGGAAGCCUGCAAGGAACUCAGAUCAAGCAGACUUUUCUUAAAGCUACUUGAAGCUGUGCUGAAAACCGGCAACCGUAUGAAUGUUGGAACAAUCAGAGGAGGUGCCAGAGCAUUUAAGCUUGAUGCCCUCCUUAAGCUUGCUGAUGUGAAAGGAACAGAUGGGAAAACAACCUUACUCCACUUUGUUGUUCAAGAAAUAAUCCGCUCAGAAGGAAUUAGAGUUUCAGAUAGCAUUAUGGGAAGGAUCAGCAAGAAAAGCAAAACCAAUUCUGUUGAAGAAAGGGAAGAAGAUUACAGAAGAAUGGGGCUUGAUCUUGUUUCUGGCCUAAGUACUGAGCUCUACAAUGUGAAAAAGACAGCUGCAAUCGACUUAGAUGUUCUUGGAAGCUCUGUCUCAAAUCUAUCAGAUGGAAUGGCUAAACUGAAACAUCUAGUACAUAGGGAGUUGUGGGUGGAUGAAAGCAAUGGGAACUUUGUCAACUCAAUGAGAUCAUUCAUUUCUUAUGCAGAGGAAAAGAUAAAAGAAUUGCAGGGGGAUGAAGAUAGGAUCCUCACACAUGUCAAAGAAAUUACUGAGUAUUUUCAUGGAGAUGUGAGCAAAGAUGAAGCCAACCCACUUCGAAUUUUUGUGAUUGUUAGAGAUUUUCUUGGAAUGUUAGACCAUGUUUGCAAAGAGCUUAGAAGCUCAAAAGCCCCACGAAGCCUAAAUCCUCUGGCACCAUUCCGGUAGUUUAAAUUGCUCGGUGUGUUUAUGAGAUACAACCCAUCACCUAUCAAAUACUGACUUUAUUUUUGUUUCUAUGUAAAGCUUUGAAACAUGUAGAUUGGAUUGUUUGUCUACUAUGAAAUUGUUAAACUACCACUAAUU